ACAAAGCAACCACUUUAAAAGGCAGCGGUGUACAAUAGUGGAGCUCCAAACAGAAAAGACGUGCUUGGAAGAAUGGGUGUUCCGCAGCUCCUACCACAGCUCAAGGAUAUUCAAGAGGUUGUUAGUCUUGCGGAGUUUAAAGGACAGACGCUUGCCAUUGAUGCCUAUGCCUGGUUACACAAGAGUGUUAUGUCUUGUCCCGUUGAGCUAGGUAAAGGGCUCUAUACGGACAAGUACGUCAAUUACUUCCGCCGGAGGGUAAUGAUGCUCCGAGGGUUUGGAGUGGAGCCGUACUUCGUGUUUGACGGUGACAAGUUCUCGAGCAAAGCAGGUGUUGAGAAUGAAAGAGAACGACUUCGAGAGGAGAACAAGGCAUUGGCGUUACAAUGCAUGGAGAAUGGAGACCAUAAGACCGCGUGGAAGCACUUUGUGAUGUGUGUGGACGUGACACCGCAAAUGGCCAAGUCUGUUCUCGAAGUGCUCGAUCAGGAGAAGGUUCAGUACGUUGUGGCUCCUUAUGAGGCCGACGCACAGAUGGUUUACCUCGAGAAGAUUGGUGUUGUCAGUGGGAUCUUGAGUGAGGACUCCGACCUACUAAUCUUUGGUGCACAAUGCCUUUUGACCAAGCUAACAGAGACUGGGUUCUGCACACGGAUUUGUCGAAAGGAUUUCAAGAAUUGUAGGAUUGCACCUGUGGGUCUGUUGUCAGAUUCACAGCUUCGAAUGGUUGCAUGUCUAGCCGGUUGUGAUUAUACAGCAGGUAUACCCAAUGUUGGCAUCGUCAAGGCCUUUAGACUUGUCAAGAGAAUGGGGACGAUGCAGAAGUGUCUAGCCAAUUUACGGUUAGAAGGCAAAGUCUCAAUUCCAACAUCGUUCGAGGAGGAGUACGAGAGGGCCGACUUGUCGUUCCAAUUCCAAAGAGUUUUCAAUCCUAUAACUGAUGAUAUGACAACUUUGAACGAUAUCCCUGAAUCCCUAAAGGACCAUCGUCAUCUUACGGAGUGCAUUGGACCUCUGCUAGAGCUGGACGUACACAGAGGUAUAGCGCGUGGUAAACUCGAUCCGAUAACUAAGGAUACACUUUUAACGAGAGAAUCAACGUUGAUGAAGUUACAGACGGCACACAAUGCCCAACGGGUAUCCAGGACUCUGAAUCCUCCGAGAACUCCAAAGCUACAGACAAAGAUACGCACCAUCGGCUCCUAUUUCAAGCUCAGCCAACCUGUCGUGUCCCACUCGCACCGCAACACACCACAGAGGAGUCCAUCAUUGCCAUCGUCAAUCGUCAGCAAAAGGAGAAAGCUCUUCGAUACCUCACCAUCGGCCGGCCCUGCAGUCACUGCGUCUCCAUCGCAAAGCAGGUUCUUUCAGCACAAGCGCAAACCUGAAGCAGUGGAUCAACAAAAUGACGCGAAGCCCCAAGCACAGCUAUCGCAUUCCAGCGAUUUUGAGUUCACCGACCCGGAUGACUGUGAUGACAGCAGUGAUCACGACAGCGAGCCCACAGAAUCAUCAGCUGAGACUGGAACCGCACCAAUCCGGGCCCACCCUGUCGAUCAAUUUGAUGCAAGUAUGGGCCAGUGCACCGUUGAUAGUACCGCAUCAACAGCAGAAGCGGGAAUGCCACUGGAUGGAGGCAUGCAGUGCGAUAGAGCACAACCUGUUAAACGAGCUGGGAAUGGGCUAUACGACAAGUUCGGCUUCAGAUUAGGCGAUGGUAGACGUGGUGACACAGCACCAACGCGUCCCACCAAUGACAGGCCGGGCAAAGCGACAACUGCUCGUCUACCGUUGAGGCCUAAGCACGAUACAAACUCUAUUGUUACUGGAACGAGACUCAAGCACCAGGGCAACGGGGCGAUGAACGCUACGAUGUGCCAUACCAAGCCGGCAAAGCUGUCGUUGGACAGCUUUAUGUACAGAGGGGGUUAGAACUCGUGCAAUUGCUGAACGGUUGAGGCCAUUGGCAGCUCAACAAGGUUUCUAGUUCCCGACUUACAAUGACCACCCGCUGCAUGGGCCCUUUGUAUAGUUACUUUGUAUAGUUUCUUCAAGCGUCUCGGCCAAGAAGCCACCUCCA